GGGCAUUCUCUAGACUUGAUCCCGCCAUAGUUUUCCCACUCUACUACCACAGAGCCAUCAUCAAACCCACCCCAGUCCAACCACCUUCUCCACAGUGCGAUAGAUAGGCUAGUAGGCUGCUGCUCUAUUCGUUCAACGGGCCGACUGCAAAUCAGAGGAUUUUGAUUUCAACUACAGCUCCACAUAUUUUACUGGAUAAUUUGAACGUUUCCGCUCCCCCCCCCCCCCCUCGAUAGUCCGUUUUGAUUUGUUUUGUAUUCGAGGAUCUUUCAGUUGUUGUUUUUUAGGUCUUGCCUGUGUGGACACAACUAGUGUGAUAUCCAGAUAGAGGCAGAUCUCCAACAAAGUCCCACUCCUCUGUUACUUUAUAGGCAUAUUUUCCGUUAGACCGUUCGGCCCAUUUGGACUUACAAAUACAUCUGCCAAAAUGAACAAGCUAUACAUUGGAAAUCUGAACGAUAAAGUGACUGUCGAAGAAUUGGUUAAACUCUUUGAAGAUUACAAUCUCGUAUAUGUCGGGGAAUUUCUGCUGAAAACCGGCUAUGCAUUUGUGGAUUGUCCGGACGAUCAAUGGGCUAUGAAGGCUAUCGAGGCGUUUUCUGGUAAAGUGGAACUUCAUGGGAAACGUAUCGAGGUCGAGCACUCCGUCCCCAAGAAGCAAAGGACCAGGAAGUUGCAGUUCAGAAACAUCCCCCCUCACCUGCAGUGGGAGGUGUUAGAUGGUCUGCUGGCGCAGCAUGGCACCGUGGAGAACUGUGAACAAGUGAACACAGACAGCGAGACGGCCGUGGUCAACGUUACAUACGGAACCCGGGAACAUGCCAGGCAAGCCAUCCAGAAGCUCAAUGGCUACCAGUUUGAGAACAACGCCCUGCACGUCUCCUACAUCCCCGACGAGACCUCAGAGGCGGAGGGCGGCCCGCGUGGGCCCGACAACGGCCGGCGCCCCGGCUACGGCCCCCGCGGCGGGCACCGCGGCGGCGGCUCCCCAGGCUCCGGGAUGCCCCCCAAGCACCAGCACACCGACAUCCCCCUGAGGCUCCUGGUGCCCACGCAGUACGUCGGGGCCAUCAUCGGCAAGGAGGGGGCCACCAUCCGCAACAUCACCAAGCAGACGCAGAGCAAGAUCGACGUGCACCGCAAGGAGAACGCAGGGGCGGCGGAGAAGCCCAUCAGCAUCCACUCCACCCCUGAGGGCUGCUCCGCCGCGUGCCGCAUGAUCCUGGACAUCAUGCAACAGGAGGCCAAAGACACCAAGACCGCCGAUGAAGUACCGCUGAAGAUCCUGGCUCACAACAACUUUGUGGGACGUCUCAUCGGGAAGGAGGGGCGCAACCUGAAGAAGGUGGAGCAGGACACCGACACAAAGAUCACCAUCUCCCCGCUCCAGGACCUGACCCUGUACAACCCAGAGAGGACCAUCACGGUGAAGGGCCCCAUCGAGGCCUGCUGCCUGGCCGAGGCCGAGGUCAUGAAGAAGGUCAGGGAGGCCUACGACAACGACAUCGCCGCCAUGAAUCAACAGACUCAUCUGAUUCCAGGCCUGAACCUUGGGGCCCUGGGCCUGUUCCCGCCCUCCGGCUCCAUGCCCCCUCCCCCGCCCGGCAAUUCCUCCUCUUGCGCCCCCUACGGAUCCUUUGGGACUCAGGAGCAGGAGACGGUCCAUGUGUACAUCCCUGCCCAGGCGGUUGGAGCCAUCAUCGGCAAGAAGGGACAGCACAUCAAACAGCUGAGCCGCUUCGCUGGGGCGUCCAUCAAGAUCGCCCAGGCUGAGGCUCCUGAUGCUAAGAUGAGGCAGGUGAUCGUGACAGGCCCACCUGAGGCCCAGUUUAAGGCUCAGGGCAGGAUCUACGGCAAGCUGAAGGAGGAGAACUUCUUUGGGCCGAAGGAGGAGGUGAAGCUGGAGACCCACAUCAAGGUGGCAGCGGCGGCGGCAGGGAGAGUCAUCGGCAAGGGAGGCAAGACGGUGAAUGAGCUUCAGAACCUGACAGCAGCCGAGGUGGUGGUCCCGAGGGAGCAGACCCCAGAUGAGAAUGAUCAGGUCAUCGUCAAGAUCAUCGGACACUUCUACGCCAGCCAGCUGGCCCAGAGGAAGAUCCGUGACAUCCUGACCCAGGUGAGGCAGCAGCAGAAGGGGGGGAUGGGUGGGCGGGCCAGCCCCCACCCCCAGGGCCUCUCAGAAAUGGGCGGGGCCCCGGCCCCUGCCCCGACCCAGGCCCCGGCCCCACAGGGACAGUCCCAGGAGCGCAAGAAGUGAGCCGUUGCCCCCGCCCCCCCCCCCCCCCCCCCCCCACUGCCUGACGAACAAGACGCACGGACGAACUGGUAACGCAACACGGACGGACUGAAACGGGAGAGCGACGCACGGACCCAGCGGUAGACGGGGAGGAAAUACGAAGGGGGAGGGGAGGGGAGAGCUGAUGCCUGACAGCGAGACGGGGGGGAGAGAGACCAGAUGUUUAGACACAGAGAGAGAGAGAGAGAGAUAGGAGUAGGGGCAUAACAGGAGAAACGAAUAAGAUCAAAAAACAAGCGAGAACAGAGAGACCAGACGCCAGGGCAGAGGAGGGGCUGAUGAAGGGCGGAGGGAUGAAGGUGUGACAGGAAGGCGCUGAUGGGAAGCGGUGUUGGUGUCGUGUCUUCCAGUGCAGCUCUGUAGCACUCCAAAAGGACGCAGAGGAGGAGGGGGUGAUGAAUAUCUGCUGCAACAACACAGACGGGAACACCACUGGAUAAGCCCUGAUGGAGCCUAGGAUAGGACGGACGUGAUACAGCCUUGCUGCUCUUACACUAAAGGCUAGCGUUUUUUUAAUCGACCACAGUGGCCAGAGGGGCGAGGUCCCUACGGCUCCUGGUCAGAGUGAUCAGUGCUCCGGAAGAGGCCCACUCCGCCCCUCUGGCGCCCCCCUGUGUGCACCUCUCCUCACCGCUCCAGCAGCCUGUCUCAUAUUUUAAGGGUGUUUUUUUUAAGAAACAAAAAAGAUAGAUAUAUGUAUAGAAAUGUUUUAUUCAGAGCUAUUAUUGAUAGAAUGCAGUCAGGCAGAAAACCGGGAGAGGGGAAUGGGAAGUGGCAAACGGGAUAGGUCACACUCCCUCACGCCAGCCAAUGAACGUUAAGCAGAGGGGCCGCAGAUGUUAACACUGCUCUGUGACGGUGCCUCCGACUACGGGGGGCACCGGAAGAAAAAAAAGAAAAUAUGAGGUUGUAAAUAUAUAAUCUUCAUGUCAAUGUUGAAAAAUGCCGUGUCCAGCUCGCCUUGCCUUUUUUCCUUUUGUCCGGGGAUUUUCUGUAUAACGCCCGGGCCCCCAGGCCUGUCGUUGUGUAGCAGUAAUGUAGCCUACAUGGAGGCCGGGGCCUGGGCAGGCACUGAACCCCCUAGCCUUCAGCUCUGUGGCGGCGGGCACGGCAGGAGACAGUAAGGUGGGCGGAGGUCGCGGCGGGGGCCCUGCAGUUCUAUUGCAGCGGCUCUCGCUCCGAGACACGGAACUAACAAACCGGGAAAAACUGCCCAGUGGCUAUGCUAGCUGGGACGCGGCCCGCACCCUAAACGGCAUAUUUUAUAUAUAUUGUAUAUAUAUGAUAUGUGAGUUAGCCCGGCCCCUCGGGUGAAUGGAUCCACGGCAGAGGAGCGCAGGUGUAUCGGCGCUAGAGCCCCCACCUGCGGGGGAUGCGGUGACAGACAGACAAGGUGCGUCUGACAGCAUCUGAUCAUCGCACGCCUCUUUAUUCAAUGGCUGGUUUGGUAGACUUGUGCUAAUACAGGGAGUCACCACUAGAGGACGCCUCUAGGAAUGACCCCAAGAGUGCAUGCGGUAAUUUGAGAGCAGCACAAGCCCUCGACCAGGCCCGGGGGAAGCAAGGAGUCUUCCAGCUGUCCCCCAACUCUCCCUGCCUGGAGUUUAGUGUCCAAGAGUUAACAUCAGAAAAAAGGGUCGUGGCUUCCUGUUUCCCUCUCCCCAAUCUGCCAAUGGCCUGUGGGUGGGAGUCUCCAGGCCCCGCCUGUGUAUGACAAUGAGGGGCGGGGUUUAUGACUGGACAUUCCCAUCGAGAUUAGAACAGAUUAGAGAAGAAAUGCGAUUAAAACAAAAAAGAAUAAAAAAAAGCCUACCUCAGGGUGAAGUUACCUCAGUAUUCCUUUGUUUUGCUUGCUGGUGUUUUCUAAAAGAGACAAAGAAAGCUGAAAGUCCUGAAUAUUUUUUAUUUUUUUAAUGAAAAAAGUAUUUUUGUUAGGUUUUGUCUUGUUGCUUUGUUUAUUUUUUUCUGUUUUCUUUUGUUGUUGUGGUGGUGGGGAAUGAGGUCAGGAUGACGACAAGGUUGCUUUUAAGCUUGAUCAGAGAAAGAUAACUCAUUAGUCACCAAUCGUUGAUUGGUGACCAGAGGCCGGAAACAUCCGCAGGCUCUUUCUGAAGUGUAGUGGCUGAAAAACAAAACAAAGAGAAAAUAUCAGCCAAUGGGGGAGUGGCAUUCCUUAAGAGGCGGGUCCUACAGUACACAUGCUAACUGUGUGUCCCAAUGAGAGAUCUUUUACUGUCUUCUGUGGUGUCAUCAGAUGGAUAAUCCCCUGAUGCUCAUUUUCUAAUAUGUGUACAAGCUGUGAUAGCGGAGGAACCCAUCUGUUUUACAAUCUCCCUUUUCUAACACAAACCCCUGGCCCAAUCCGAGGCCACUGAUUGGCUCAGACGGACCCUCUUUCUGGCUGCCUUACACUGACGACAUCACGAUGAUGCACCAACAACCAAACAGUCUGUAAGAGGCCGGGCCGCGGGUACGGCACAACACAUGAGGAAAAUACAUUUUAAGAGACUGCCUGGAAGUGACCCUCGAAAUAUAAAGUUUAACGAAAACGAUAUGCAAAACAUGCUGAAGAUAACGACAGCGCGUGUGGGCUGUGUCGAUCGGUCUACUUGUUUAUUGUGCCCUCUUAACGGAUAGCCACGGCCACAGGAGGUGUCGGGAAUUUGUUGUUUGUCGGAGUUGUGCCGAGUGCUACAACGGAGAUCAAAGAUGCGACAGCUGUAUUCGUAGAAAUGUAUUAAAAAUACGGAAGGGGCAUUCUACCUGUACAAACACACACACAACACACAUCUGAACACACACCUAAACUUGCUCUGACUGCUCUGAAUGUGAAUAUUUAUUACCUGUGCACUGACCGCAACACCUCAGACGCUUCGUGUUGGCUGUGUGUGUGUGUGUGUGUGUGUGUGUGUCUGUGUGUGAGAGUGUGUGCGUGUGAGAGAGAAUGUGGAUGUGCGUGCGUGUGUAUGAUUUGAAUGUGUUUGCGUGUUGUUUUUUAGUUUCACCGGUUUUAAAGGUUCAUUUUAGAGAGGCGAGUGGGUGAAGAAAAAAAGUAGAACAGAGAGCUUCGGCCCUUUGUCUGGUUCGACCAGUCGUGGGGAUUAAACCAAUUAUCUUGACGAACGGGGGUGAAGAAGAAGAAAGAAAGGAAAUGCAAGAGAGUUUUUAAAAACAACUAAAUAGUGAGGCAAAUCAAUCACAUCGGAUAAGCCAGAUGUGAGAAAAUAUAGGUGAACACAAUCACAAUUUUUCUAUUUUUGAAAACAAAUAAAAAGAUGGUGGGACACCAGAGUUAUCUAACCAUGCGUCAGAAUAUCAAGGGACACUGCCAGAUGGAUCUUUACUGCCUUGUCUGCAUGUCAUGCCACCACCUUAAUCUACCCGGGGACAUAACCGGCUCACUUUUCAACAGAAAACUGAAACCUCUAUCCAUCUCUGUGCUUCCAUUUUUUUUAUAUCAGAGGCUGUAACUCAACUAUUGCAAUUAACCAAGCGAGACCGGAGUCAAUUAUAAAGCUUUGUUAAGGUCAAGGAAGCAAAAGCAUUGAAGCGUUGGACCGCAUCUGCUCGACUACCGACCACUCCGGUAUAUGCCGUCAUCUUGUGGCUAGCUAGCUAACUUGGUGAGGAAGCUAAGUAACCCUCUCUCUCCUUCUUCUAGAGAGCUCUGUUCACAAGCGCCAAGACAUGCCCUUUAGGAUUUGUAUUUAAUUUUCAUCAGCUUCCAUUCAGCAACCGUUUUAGAUGAUUAUUUUCUUUAUUUUCUUUUUGUACAAUACAGCAAGCUUUAUUUUGGACGGGACAUCUGGGCUGAUGUACUGUAGCAUUAAUCAAUAAAUUAAAUACAUGAAUAAAUAAACAAACUACAGAGAGAACCUCCUGUAUAGGAUGUGGGGGAGGGGAGAGGAGAGAGUGGGGGAUUCUGUACAUAUCUGGGACCCUUAGUGAUGGGGGAGGGUUCAGUCGCUUGAAAUGCAACAGUUUCAGUAACUGCAGCAUCAUUAUGACACACAGAUUCACACACACAUACGUACACUGCCUCCAUAUUCCUUCUAUCCAUGCUCGCAAUGCUUUAUCUUUUCCCUCAUUCUCUUCUGCUCAUUAUUCUUCGAAGAAGAUGCUUCCUCGUUUUCUCCGUUUUGCGUCUACAUUUUUGAGAGAGCUGUCUCCUUGUCGCUGGUCUCCAUUUUGGUCUGUUGUGGUAUUCCUCCAAGCAUUCUCAUCCUGUAGAAUACUUUUUUGUUUUUUGAUAUACUUUCAUUUCCCUAAACAAGACAAUUACAAAAUAUGACAAUAUAUGGCGUUUAGCUCAGUCCACGACAGUUACUGUGCCAAAAUAUCCUCAAAAGGUUUCCCUUCCCCGAUGCUAUGUAUAAAAGGAACUGAAGCUGAUACCUAACAUUUAACUUCAAACUUAAUCAAGUUAAAUACAGAUGAAAUAUACCUUAAAAUCUCAGGUAUAACACUUUUUCUUCGUUUUACUUGAAUGGAAUAUAAACAAAAAGAAAAACUUUUCUCACCGCGUCCCCCUGUCUGUUAUGCACUCUUGAAAGUGAACCUAACUUGCAGAUGUUUUAUCACAUGUGACAUGGGGCCCACCAUUCUCGUCAAAUGCUGUCUGUGCAGAAUAAUGACUAUAUAAAUGGAUACAUAAGAAGAAACUCUCUCCCCCUCCCUUAUGCCAUUAGAGUAACGCUUCAAUGAAUUAUCUUAGUUUAUGAACAAAAAGCCACCAUGAGGCAACCAACACCCUCCCCCCCUUAGAAAAUGGUAUGCCCCACACAAAGAAACAAAUGAAAGUAUCGGUGAGCCAGUGUUUAUCUUGACCACUCAGAUUCAUUCUUGCGCAUUUCGAGACCUUUCAAGCGAGAUUAUUCAAAAUGUAAGAUGGAAUAAGUAAAGUACUCGUUAGAAAAGUCUCGGGGUAAACCUGGAGAUUUGACGUGUGCGAUGACAACAUCAACGCUUAACCUUUCUAUCUUUCAUGCAACUUUUAGUACGACUUUGUGACUGGACCUGAUGCUUUAGAACUGACUUAACAGAGACAGACAGACAGACAGACAGACAGACAGACAGACAGACAGACAGACAGACAGACAGACAGACAGACAGAUUGAAAGACAGACUUGUAACUCUUCUAAGGACAGUUAGACACAGACUUCUGCAUGUCACGAUCAACUACCGAUCUUUUGGAGGCUUUGUCGACCAUCUCCGCCAGGUUGAGGCAGGUGGUUGUUGACCUGGACAAAAUAACAUGGACAGACAUAUGAACACAACUAGCAACGCUACCUCAAAAUAUAUAAAUAAAAAAUAUUAACAAUAAUAUCACUUUUUUUUUCUCUCCACAAAAACCGACCACAGCAAUCAUACAAUCAGACAGUAAGGACAGACAGCGCAUGCUAACGUGGUGAGGCAUAUAUACAUGUUUUCCCCCCUCUUUUACUUUAAUUUAUUUUACAUAUUUUUUAUUUUCAGUUUUUUUGGUUUAAUUUAACAUCUCAACGUAGAGAUGGGUCUGUUAAAAAUACAGACACGUAAGGCCGGGUGGGUUCAGAGUGUGCGUGUAAGUUAGCAGGGCUGGCUGGGAAGAGGGACUUGAAAAAUACUAACAAAAGGAUAAUACUAUAGCUUUAUUUUUACCCUGUUAUAAUAUAAUUUAAAUAAACCUGACUAUGGUUUGGAGCUAUGUGUCACUGUGGACUCAUUCACAACAUAUGUCGAAAACAACAAAGAAAUAGCUCAAAACUAUAAAAAUGUCCAGUUUGGCUUAGCUAAGUUUAGUUUAGCUUCUCUAAUGCUAUUAGCCAAAUUUCCCUUCCAGCUCUGCAAUCCUGCCGAACCCUCUGUCUCUCACCUCCUGACCUCCACCUCUGAAAGGAAGGGGGAAACACCUGUAACCAUGUAUUUUUUUUUUGUUGAUCUACCUCUUAGCAAAAUAUAGGAAAAUGGCUAAAAAAAUCUUUAGAAAAAAGGACACAAAAAAAUAAAAAAGGUUUUCAAAAAAAAUGCUUGAAAGAAAUAUAGGUAUGAAUAACUGGGUAGCAGCUUCUCCAUAUACUGUAGUGGAUAGUCUAUUAAAGGAAUAAAAAAAUACUUUUACUUCUUCCAAAGAUUAUUUUGUUUUUCUUUCAUCAUUGUUAGUUUUUCUUUUAAGGUUUAUACAAUGGAAUAAUAAACCUCAUAGGGGGAAAGAACAUCUCUUCUCUUUUCAUAAAAACAACAUGAGAUUUAACUUUAAAAUUUUCAUUUUUAUUUUUGUCAUUUCAUUGAUUAUUGAACUUGACCUUACGUAACCACAACACGAUUAUUCAUGUUUCAUUUUUGAUCGAUUUCUAAUCAUUUUCUCUGUCUCUUUGUGAUUGCCUAUCUUUUUUUUCUUUUUCUUCAAAUGACAGCGGAUUGUGUAUCUCUUGCGUUUGGAUGCAGUGAAUGAUGUUAACCUCCAUGUGUCCCUUGAUUCUGAAACGCAUACAUUUUCUUUUAUAGUUGCACCCUUUAAGGACCUGCUCGUAAAAUCACCAUGACAUCUCUCUGUUUCAACGUUGUGGGCCUACUCUCACAUCUGAGUCAUUUGAAAAAGGAAAAAAAAUAAAACGCACUGUUGUUUAGCUGGCAUUGGAGCCAAGUUAGAAGGUGUUUAAAGGCUUUUAAAGAGGGCCGGGGGUACCCUUCUCUUGUCAAAGUGUGAUAAAUCUCAAGGCCUAUACCUGUACCUAAUCACAGCACAGGCUCAGGUUAUAUUUUUUAACUGCUACAACUGAGCCCCUAUUUACUGCCUGAUAACAACAAUAACAUUGAGUGAAUCGUAAUGUUUGUAUUGACGUUCCUGUGUCAGCCAUCUGUUAGUUUUAUUGACAGACCAUAGCGUGUCCAGGGAGUACAAACUGUUACUUUAUAUCUGUUCAGGUAUGACAUGGACUGAUCUAUGCAUCAAAUAGUUAAAAAGAAUAAUCAAAAACCAGCCUUGUGUGCUUUUGUAAUAACAUAACCCGGGCGGUCAGGCUUGCUGAGCUUUUGUACGCAACGGUCGAGGCACGUCGAGAGAAGGGUACUUCUGUGUCAGUUCUCCCCUAUGGCACAGGGUGGCACUGUUGUCUUUGCAGUAUAUAGACUUACACCCUCUGUCUAAUUCUAUUUAGUCCUCAUCAUCACUUGUUUUAAACUACUUGUAAACAAAGCAGAGCAUAGCUAUGAAUGUGUUAUUAAAAGAAGAGAAAAUUGA